AUGCCACCCCCUAGGUCUCCGUCUUCCUUGUCCCUGGCACCCCGAGCCGGUCCAUCAAGGCCACCCAUGCCGUCGCCGGCCCACACGCGAUCGUACAAGCAGCGCAAGCAGAAUCUCCUAACGACGCAGGCACAGCCGCACGGGCAAUCUUUUCUCGUAUCGUCCGGGAUCCCUCGCUUUGUACCUUCGCCUAGCAUGCCGCCGAUCACCUUCAACGCUCCCAUUGCCCUCCCUUCACCUCUUUUUGAGCCCCUCGACACCCCCACCACCAUCGACCCGGCGUGCUUGCUCACUCAACCAUGCGACGUCGACACCGCAGAAGACGACCUCUCGAACAGCUCAACCUCCACCCUCGCCUCCGCAGGCGAUACGAGUUCGCUCAGCAGUUCGGGAAAUCGGUCCAUGUCGGAAGAGACAUCGAAACGACUCGCCAACUUGCAAAGCAUGCUCUCACGGUUGAGCAUGCCCCGACCUCCCGCUGCAUCAAGCGACGAAACGUCGACUCGUGCAAUGGGAGGUGGUGCGCGCGCACCCCCUAGCAACCUGGCGGAUCUGCAGGCGAGACGAGAGAGAACCAAGGCUUUGACGGCGCAUUAUCGGGAGGAGUACACGGUCCCGAUCGCGCCGCCUGCUGAGCAGCCGAGUACGAGUUCGAGACGGCCAAAACCUGGUGCACCGCUCGUCAAGGAGCAGCAAGCUGGUGGGAUCGGGAUGGGUGCCCCACCCGUUCGUCGUGGCAAUGCAACAGCGAUGCGAGGCGCGAACGGCAUCAUCGAUACUUCUUCGCGCGGGGGUCGACUGCAAAGUACUUCGAGCGCACCGAGCGUCAUGGAAGUUCCUACGACGACAGUCAAGCAGAGUCGACGCGUGUCGGGAGGUCCGAUCGCUUCGUCCACUUCGACGGCGACGAUCGCUGCUGCCGCUGUAGGGGAUGGUGAGAUGUGCGCCAAACCCAAGAACAAUGUGUUGCGGGGCGUUGUCGCGUUUGUGGAUGUUCGAACACUUGAAGGUGACGAUGCGGGUAUGAUCUUUACCGAUAUGCUUAAGUCGAUGGGAGCCAGGGUUAGUCGACCAUCUCUGGCGUUCAUUUCGAAGGGGUUCAACAUAACUGAGAUGUUUGGUAACAAAUUUGUCGCACAGGUAACAACACGCCCGACGCUUUCAUUGACGCACAUCGUCUACAAAUCCGGUCGUCCGGGCACACUACAACGUUACCGCACCCACGCUGACCCCAAACCCCACCUCGUCGGUAUCUCCUGGGUCGUCCGUUGCGCCGAACUGAACCAACACGUCGAAGAGAAGACCUUCCUCAUCGAAGCUGGGAAGGAGGAUCUGUUCCAGAAGAAACGACGUUCUAUGGAACCGAAGGCUUUGAGCGCUUUGAAUGCCCCUCCUGGUGCGCUGUUGACGGCUUCGACGAACCCGGGGUUGAAGGCGACGAUUGCGGCUAGCUUGGAGAGGGCGAGAAGACAGAGUAUGCAAUUCGCUCCGAAAGGUUAGUGCUUUGUCUGUCGGGCGGUGUGCGCUGUGUGGGGGAUGAGACUGAUUUGAUUCCGUUCGAUCUACAGUUGGUUCGCCACUCGCCAAGCGGGUCUUCGUCAUGCAGUUCGAGGAAAGUACCGAGGAAGAUGCGGAAGGCACGGACGAGGCUUGA